UCCCGCAUUUUCUUCAGGAAUCGCUCAGUCGUCUAGUGAACCCCGUGUGGGGAAGAUGCCUACAGAGUCUCCCGGAACUCAGCACACACCGAUGUUGAAGUUGUGUUUGAGUUUAGUCGUACUGCUGGUGGCCCAGGUGGGCUCCGCUCCUUUUGAUGGUUGGCGGCGGAAUCCCUCCGCCCCGACCACUCAGUCAAAGCGGAUUGAACCGCCUCGCCUGGGAGCUCCGGCAGUCUUUGAUCUGUUCCAUCCCGAGCUACCCUCCCCGGCCACGCCUCUAAUGUAUUCUUUAAAUGAGGGUGUGGCAAGGGGUGAUACCGCUCCCGCUCUUGGUAGGGCGGACUGGGUAGGCGGAAGAACAGAAUCGGCGGAGACAGAUAAUACAGUUCCUGUUAUACAUCUACCAGAGCAUAACGAGAAGGUAUUGGAUGUUGAUUAUUUAGACAUGUUCCCACAGGAUUUACUAGACUCUGAGACUGCAAUAAAACCAGUGGAUGUAAAAGUGUUCCAACACGACGGAUAUGUUGAUUACGAGAUCGAGUUCGUGGAACUUGGAGGAGAUCACAUUAAUUUGUUCGAAAAUACUGAUUUAGAGAAGAGCAAAGUUCAACCACGAAGAGUUGAAGAAUCUUCCGACCUAAACCUAGAAGAUAAAAUCGAAGAAAAGGAUUACGAAGAAGUAAGCAAGGAAGAAGAGGAUCAAGAAGGAGAAACAACUGAACGAUUACCAACCACUUUAUCAGGUUUGAAUCUGUCAACCCCCGGAGUAACUGCAGUAACCUUCAUGGAUAUGCUUACUAGGGCUAGGAAGAGAUACAGUUCAAGUAGAACUAUUACAGAAAGUGUUCCCACCACCAAUAUUCCAAAUUUCUACAGGUAAAUAUUUACAAAUGUU